AUGCCCAGUGUACUACAGGAAAAUUUUAUACAAGCACUACCAUCCAAAAUUUAUUAUAGACAAAAUUUUGAGAAAGAAUUCGAUUAUUGCUUCGGGUCUGAUGAAAAGAGAAAAUUUAAAGAAGAAAGAUCUAAAUUAAAUAUAUAUGAGAAAAUUAACAGUAUUGAAAAUAGGCUUGUGAAUGCUUUAUGUCACGUAGCUUUUACUAAUGAAGGAGAUGAAUGUAAAGAAAAAUGUCGAAAUUUGUACUAUUGGUUAGGCAAUGAAUUAUUAUUAAAUAAUAUAGAGGAAAAUUCAUUUUCAGAUGUUAUUGGAAUACUUAUUAAAAUUUCAAAUGCUCUUUAUGAGCGUGGUAAAUGCAAAUGUAAUUUUUUUACAGAUGUUAAUAAGGAGAAGUUUGAAAAAAUGAAGAUUGUGUAUGAUUAUUGUAAAGAUCACGACAAUAUUGAGAAUACACUCAAAGAAUAUAAUAAUAUAUGUGACAGUGAAUUUAAUGCUUAUCUUCUUAAAGCUAAUAGUGCUUAUAAUGAAAUAUAUAAAUGUACAGAAACAAAAUUUGAAUCGUAUUGUAUGCAACUCAAAACACAUGUUUCUAGUUGUUUUGAAAAAAAGCUAUUACCUUUGACAUGUAAAAUAGAGGAGGUGUCCCCAGAAGACCGAGUUUCAAGCCGUUAUGGUACUACUUAUAUUGACCCAGAACACGUAAUUAAUGUAUCUGCCUUUAGUUCAUCUCAAAUUUUUCUGUUCUUUGUUCUACCCUUUGUUGGCAUUUUCUUCAUUGGCUUCCUACUAUAUAAAUUUACUCCAAUUGUACCAUGGAUACAUACUAAAGUAUUAAAGAAAAAAUCAAUUAGACGUAAUUUUGAUGAAAUGGAUAUACUAGAAUUAACAGAAUACACGAAUGAACAAAGAAAAUCAAAUUUAGGUAGAAAACAAUUAAAUGUAGCAUAUCAUGCCGCAUGA